ACAGGAAAAGAUGGCGGCGUCGUGUGUGACGGUUGAACAUUGUAAAUCAUGGGAAAAAUCAGGAAAGCAGGAGUUCAUACGUUACUGCAAUGGUGUUGGUGAUAAAACGGUGUUAGCUAGUCUUGGUAGUCAUGACUUCAGACAAGCUGUGUUCGAUGUUUGUCUACAUGUGGUCAGGGGGAACCUGAAACAAGAACAGGCUGUACAUGCUUUUGCAGACCUCAAGGAUCAUUUCCCUGAUUUUGUGUCCUUGGUGGUUGAUGUUCUUGGACUAUUAGAUGUAGAGCUGAACUGUGUUGAUGAGGUUAAAGGUGCCAGGGACAGAUUUUAUAGUUUAGUUCAAACUUUUUCUCUGAGUUUUGAUUGUGAAUCUCUACUGAAGUCACGGUUGGAUCAUGAUACACUUGAGAAUUCUGGACUUGUACCAAACAAAACUGUUUUCACACAGAAACAUGUGAAAAUAAAGACGAGACUUUAUUACAAACAGCAGAAGUUUAACCUGCUACGAGAAGAAAGUGAAGGAUACUCAAAGCUUGUGACAGAACUAAAUCAGGAAAUUACAGAAAAGCUAACACCGGAAGUUGUCUUACAGAAUAUAAAAUCCUUAAUUGGUUGUUUCAACUUGGAUCCAAAUCGUGUGAUAGACAUUUUACUGGAAUCAUUUGAAAACCGUCCCGAGUUGGAGGAUUUCUAUGUGCCAUUGAUACAGGCUUAUGUGAAGGACAAUAUAACACUGUGUCAUUGUCUUGGGUUUAAGUUUCAAUUCUUUAAGGAUGAUGAAACACCAAUGUCUUUGUUCAAGCUUGCAGCCUUGUUGAUGAAAAAUGAACUGGUUCAAUUGGAUACAUUAUACCCACAUCUAUAUCCCCCUGAUAGCACUAUCACAGAACACAGUAAGAAAGAAAUGAAUGAUGCUAAACAGUAUGCCAGAAAACUGAUGGUUGUCAAUCUGUCCGACAAGGCAAAUGAGGACAAGAAAAAAGAGGAAGAUGCCAUCAAAAUUGAUCCUCACAAAAAUAAUCAGAAGCUGGGCCUGGUUGAAGCACUGUUGAGUAUAGGAGCCUGGGAGAAGUCAAAAUCAAUCUUAGAUAGACUACCAGAGUUCUUCGGUACCACAUACAAGCCUGUAGCUGCAGCACUGUGUGCCCUCAUACAUACAGUCAUGGAUCCUGUGUACAGAAAGAAUAGUGGUAUGAGUACAAAGAUAAUUGCUAAAUGGGUGAAACCUGGUAAGCUUGGAUCUGAGGUACAGCUAGCCACUACAUUCAAGGAGGUGUACACACUGGUAUAUCCAAUGGUUACCUACCUGGGUCCAUAUGCUGCCUGUGAUCCGGUACUCCUAGUCAAGCUGAUCAGGCUCGGCAAGUUUUAUAUGAAUAAGAGAAAUCAGGGAAGUUUGAGUGUGGAGGAUAACCUCAUGUACUUCGGCUUAUUGAGUAUACUUGAUGAAGUGAUUAUACCCAGCUUGUCAUUUGAAACUGCAGCUAUUAUUUACAACUACAAAUUAACAAAAUUAAAUGCAAUUCACACACAGAAAGAUGUUGCCAACAGUAUUUCAGAGUCAUGCUCAGUCUCAGCAGAAGCAAGCGAAAUAAGUGAAAAUAAUCAAUCCAAUAGAAACACAGAUGAGAUGAAUUGCAAGUACAUCUCAAGUAACACAAAUAUUCUAUCAAAAGCGGCUGAAAUCAAUCCAAAUGAGAAAAGCCAUCUUAACAAUAUAUGCAGUUCCAGCAAGCUACAGUAUUCGGCAACUAAAAGUGAUUAUUCUGAUCCUCCUUGA